AUGCUCACCACGCUCCUUCUCCUCCCGCUCGUCGCUGCCGCCCCGGGCGUCUUCCAGCGCCAAGCUGCCGCCGCCUCGUCCUCGGACGCCGUCGCGGCCUCGUCGUCGGCGGUCGCCGCGCCGUCCGACUCGGCCGCAGCCGUGUCGGUCAUCACUCCCUCGGCGGUCGCGACCACCUCGGCCGCCGCGGCGCCGAGCAGCACGUCCGUCAUCGGCACGGUCCAGUUCACGGCCCCGCUCUUCAACCAGUUCUGUGGGUACUCUGCCGCCUGGGGGCAGAUUGGCCAGCCCAACAUCGUCUCGUGGACGCCCAUUAACCAGGCGCUCGACCUGUACCUCGCCAACGACGCGCCCGGCCUCAUCCCCAGCGGCAAGACGUACCUCCUGGCGUCGAACCUGCCCCCAAACACCAACAGCUUCAACCCCGGCGACAAGCUGAUCGCGUCCGGCGCCAAGCCCGGCAGCAACUACUACGUCUUCCUCACGCCCGUCGGCAACCCCAUCAACAACAUCGCGACUUCGGGCGGCUUCAACGUCCUCGCGGCGGCCACGCCCCUCUCGAGCACCGCCAAGCCUGGCAACUCGUCUGCGGGCGCGUCGGACUCGGCGUCGGGUGCGUCGGCGUCCGCUACGGCCACGUCCAAGCCCAGCUCGGCCGGCAAGGUCGCCGGCGUGAGCGUCGCUGCUGCCAUCAUUGCCGCCGUCGGCGCUGCUGCCUUCUAA